AAUAGUAAUUUUUGACAGAAUUUUAUUGUCCACUGAUGUAACUAGAAAGCAUAACCCAUAUAAGAUAUGAAGAUUAAGGCCCAACCAACCAUGAUUUACAAUAGGAAAAAAAUGAGUGAGUGAGAGUGAGAUCAUAUUCAUGAUUGGACUUAUUACAAGCACAAAAACAAAGCAUCAAUUACAGCCAUUCAUUGAAUCUUAUGCUAUCCAAAAUCUAAUCCUUACUUUGGUUGGGCUCAUGAGUCACAACCACACAACCACAUUGCCACAUCUUACUUUGCUUACAACACUUUAUAGUAACAUGUAUAACUAACAAUUCUCUAUACUACAACUUUCUUCUGCUUCAAAAAAUUCAAUCUUCCUUGUAGAUUCAAUCAUGGCUUCGGCUACUUUCUCUGUAGCCAAACCAGCUAUUAAGGCAAGUGGGAAAUGCUUUUCUUCUGAAUUCAAUGGUCACAGGAACUCAUCAGGAUAUCUUCACUUAUCUAGCAAAACUUCAGAUGAGUUCCAUUCUGUUGUUUCCUUCCAAACCAAUGCAGUUGGUGGAAGUAGUGGAGGAUACAAGAAAGCUCUUGUAGUGGAAGCAAAACAACUGAAGGUAGCUAUAAAUGGAUUUGGAAGGAUCGGAAGAAACUUCUUGAGAUGUUGGCAUGGUCGUAAGGAUUCACCUCUUGAUGUCAUUGCCAUCAAUGACACUGGAGGUGUAAAACAAGCUUCUCACCUUCUUAAAUAUGAUUCCACACUUGGAAUCUUUGAUGCUGAUGUUAAACCUGUUGGUAAUGAUGGUAUUUCUGUUGAUGGAAAGGUUAUCAAAGUUGUUUCUGACCGUAACCCUGCUAACCUUCCUUGGAAGGAAUUGGGGAUAGACUUGGUGAUUGAAGGAACUGGGGUGUUUGUGGACAGAGAAGGUGCAGGGAGGCAUAUUACAGCAGGGGCUAAGAAGGUUCUCAUCACUGCCCCUGGAAAAGGAGAUAUCCCAACUUAUGUGGUUGGUGUUAAUGCUGAUGGGUACACCCAUGAGGAUAACAUCAUCAGCAAUGCUUCUUGUACCACUAACUGCCUUGCUCCCUUUGUCAAGGUCCUUGAUCAGAAAUUUGGUAUCAUCAAGGGUACCAUGACUACCACUCAUUCCUACACCGGUGACCAAAGGCUUCUUGACGCUAGCCACCGUGAUCUAAGGCGUGCAAGAGCAGCAGCCCUCAACAUUGUCCCAACUUCAACCGGAGCAGCAAAGGCAGUGGCCCUUGUCCUCCCAUCACUCAAAGGCAAACUCAACGGUAUUGCACUUCGUGUGCCAACACCAAAUGUUUCGGUGGUGGACCUCGUCGUUCAAGUCACAAAGAAGACGUUUGCUGAAGAAGUGAACGAGGCAUUCAGAGACAGUGCAGCUAAGGAAUUGAAUGGUAUUCUCUCAGUUUGUGAUGAACCACUUGUGUCUGUAGAUUUUAGGUGCACUGAUGUGUCCUCAACCGUUGAUUCGUCAUUGACAAUGGUCAUGGGAGAUGACAUGGUGAAGGUUAUUGCUUGGUAUGACAAUGAGUGGGGUUACUCACAAAGGGUUGUUGAUUUGGCUGACAUUGUUGCCAAUAACUGGAAGUGAGAGCCAAAUAAUGUUUUUCAAUUAUAUAUAUGUAUGUAUCAUGUGCCAUUGUAAUUUUGUACACUUCUUUUUUCUUUAAUCUUCUAAACUUGUAUUGAGAGAUAGAACUAUCAAUUUUCUCUUGUUCCUCAUUGUGCAAUAAAAAUUCUUACCUUCAAAUCUAAA